CUAGAAUCAUUAAUCCAUCCAAAGAAACAAGCCCAGGACGUACAACAGAUUGAAGCAAGCCAAUAUAAGAGGACAGGAACAUUGUGGGCCUGCAACCAUCUGGUAUAGCAUUAGUUACAAUGGUUUCCACAGGCAAGAUUCUCCUGGUCUUCGUCCUUCUCCAAGUGGCACUGGCUUUGGCCAAGCCCUACGAAUCUCUUUAUGAUGAACUUUAUCGGUCUUAUAAAGAUAUGCGGGAUCCCUCGUAUAAAGCUAUGCGGGAUGAGUUCCCUUACCACAGACGAGGAGCCAAACAGUGCGUCUUUGGCAGAUAUCGCUUGGGCUAUUGCCGAGCGGCGUGUUCAAGCUCGGAGAAAGUCGUCGACGACCAACUGUCUAAAUGUGCUGAAGGCGAACAGUGCUGCGAAUGCUUGAGCAUGAGUUAUUGUACUCCAUAAACAGUGUGGCCCAUAAGUGCAGUACUUCAAUUCUGUCGAAAUGGCAGCUUUAGGUAUUCAGUUUAUUGCG